AUGUCCUGGUCACACUAUGGCAGAGAAAACCCUCUCUCUUCUCAUUAUCAUUACAGGCAAGUAUAGCUCUUUCCAUAAAAACCGAACACAAUAUGGACAACAAUGGAUUUACUUUUCAGAUACAAUGAAUGAGGUAGAUGUUUGUCAGUAUGCAAGACAAAUUGUUUUUCCAAUAAUAUAAUGCCCACUAAUUUCGUUUGCUUACAAAUAGCCAUGAUCAACAUGAAUUGCUUAGGUAACACUUUAUGUGGAUAGUCCAUCUGUAGACGCUCUACAGACUAUCAGCAACAUUUCAACUAAUUAUCUACUAACCCUAACAUUAACCUGUAUCCUAACCCUAAACUUAACCCUUACCCUAACCCUUACCUUAACCCUUAUUGUAAACCCAACCCCAACCUUAACCUUAGCAAACAGUUGCUUAUCAACAGAUCGCUUGUUGAUAGUAUGUCCAUCUGUAGAGCAUUUACAGAUGGACUAUCCGGACUGUCCAAAUAAAGUGUGACCUCAAUGAUGAGUAAUACAAUCAGCACACCUCUGUCUUCUUGCAGGAAUUGUUCACAACACUAUGUCACCAUUGCCAGGCAAUGCUAUCAGGGUGAAUGGAAGAGCACAUGAACCCUAUGUUGACAUCAGUGGCACUACCCAACCCACUACAGGUCCAGGAGAUCCUGAACCAACAGUAUCCUCUGAAAUAUUAGCUACCACCACAUCCAUGGACCUGUCUGUAUACGCCACUGAAACAGCCUUUACAAAGUCACAACAGGGAGAGUCAAACCCCCCUUCAACAACAUUAGGAGCUCCCUCACCUGGGGAUGAAAUCAUGACGGAAACUUCACAUGUCCUGGCAACCACUUUUACACAAGCACCUUCCACAAAAGAACCCCCUGCAAGCACGUCUCAAAUUGCCCUUGCGACGAAAAUGCCUGCCCAAUUUGAAAUAGCAAAUGUAAAGGCCACAGAAACUACAAACAAAUUGGAAGAAACUUCAUAUGAGACAAAAACAACAGAGAGAACAGCCGUAAAUUCAUUCAAAACAUCAGCAACAGGCAUCUUGAAAACAUUGACCGCAGUUAAUAAAGAAAGAGUAACUGCAGCUGCAGAAUCAUCUGAAAGUUCAGAAUUAAAAACAUCUGAAAUGUCUACAAGUGCAUUUGAACCAGUCCGUGUUGAUGCUCAUGUAAGAUCCUCAAUUUCAAAAGACAUAACUGCACCCACAACUUCUUCUUUGAUAACAACACCUACAAUCAAAUCUGUAAUCAAAUCAGAAAUAGCACCAACAUCUGUAUAUGCUUCAAACUCAUCUGGAAUGUUAAAAACAACUACAUUACAAACCAUAGCAACAACUAGUACAUUAGGGGGAAAAACGUUUGAGCUGUUAGCCACCUCCCCUGGAAAACCAUCUGAAAGAACAUUAGAGACGUCAACUAUAAUGCCAAUGUCAACAUCUGCUUCUUUGGCGCCAGGCAGCGUUUCUGAGAUAUUAUCUGCAGUUACAUCACAAAGGAUAACUUUUGCCACAGUCACAUUCCUACCUAUUGUAUCAGUUCCUACACCUGAUAGCCCAUUGGAAACUAAAGCUAUAGCUACGACAGAACGUACAGAUGAAAACAAUCCUACAGGUGCAACUCCAUAUGAAACAACUGAUAUAAACACACCUGAAACAUCAUCCACAACCCCAUCAACUAAACCGAAAACAUCAUCCACUUAUACAGCAUUCCCAUCAACUGCACCUGAAACAUCUGUGAAAGUCACUAAAGAACCUUUUACGACAGACAAACUGUCAACAGUCUACUUUCAAGCAUAUCAAACCACAACUCCAACUGAUACAUCAACUAGAACUUCUACAACAAGUGACUCUUCAACUAUUACUGUAUCUGCAAAACAGUUAACAGUUACAGCAGAAAGGAUAACUACAUUCCCCCCAUCAACCGAACCUAAAACAGCAUCCACAGCCACAUACACAACAAUCCCACACACCGAAACUGAAACAUUAACCACAACUACAACAUCCAUAUCAACCAAACCUGAAACAUCAUCCACAGCCACAUACACACCAUCCCCAUCAACUGAACCUGAAACAUCAUACACAACUACAACAUUCCCAUCGACCGAAACUGAAUCAUCAUCCACACCUACAUCAUCCCUAUCAACCGUACCUCAAACAUCAUUCACGACUACAACAUUCCCAUCAAUUGAAACAUCAGCCACAACUACAACAUCCAUAUCACUCAAACCUGAAACAUCCUCCACAUACACAACAUUCCCAUCAACCGAACCUGAAACCUCAUCCAUAACUACAACAUCCCUAUCGACCGAAACAUCAUCCACACCUACAACAUUCCCAUCGACCGAAACUGAAACAUCAUCCACAACCACAACAUCCCUAUCAAACGAACCUGAAACAUCAUCCACAACUACAACAUUUCCAUCAACUGAAACAUCAUCCACAACUACAACAUCCAUAUCAACCAAACCUGAAACAUCAUCCACAGCCAUAACAUUCCCAUCAACUGAACCUGAAACAUCAUCCACACUUACAACAUUCCCAUCAACCGUAACUGCAACAUCCACAUCAACCAAACCUGAAACAUCAUCCACAGCCACAUACACAACAUCCCCAUCAACUGUACCUGAAACAUCAUCCACAACUACAACAUCCCCAUCAACCGAAACUAAAACAUCAUCCACAAUUGCAGCAUCCAUAUCAAACAAACAUGAAACAUCACCCACCGCCACAUACACAACAUUCCCAUCGACUAAAACUGAAACAUCCACAGAUACAACAUCCAUAUCAAGCAAACCUGAAUCAUCAUCCACAGCCACAUACACAACAUUCCCAUUGACCGAAAUGGAAACAUCCUCCAAAACUACAACAUUCCCAUCAACUGAAACUGAAACAUCAUCCACAACUACAACAUCCAUGUCAACCAAACCUGAAACAUCAUUCACAGCCACAUACACAACAUCCCCAUCAACCAAACCUGAAACACCAUCCACAACUACAACAUUCCCAUCAAACGAAACAGAAACAUCCUCUAAAACUUCAACAUUCCCAUCAGCUGAAACUGAAACAUCAUCCACAACUACAACAUCCAUGUCAACCAAACCUGAAACAUCAUUCACAGCCACAUACACACCAUCCCCAUCAACCAAACCUGAAACAUCAUCCACAACUACAACAUCCAUAUCAACCAAACCUGAAACAUCAUACACAACUACAACAUUCCUUUCAACCAAACCUGAAACAUCAUACACAGCCACAUACACAACAUUCCCAUUGACCGAAAAUGAAACAUCAUCCACAACUACAACAUUCCCAACAACCAUAACUGCAACAUCAUUCACAACUACAUCCCCAUUAACCAAACCUGAAACAUCAUCCACAGCCAGAAGCACAUCAUCUCCACCAACCGAACCAGAAACAGCAUACACAACCACACACAUUACUUACCCAUCAACCGAAACUGAAACAUCAUCCACAUCCACAACAACCCCAUCAACUGAAACAUCAUCCAAAUCCACAACAUCCCCAUCAACGGAAAUUGAAACAUCAUUCACAUCCACAACAUACCCAUCAACUGAAAUUAAAACGUCAUCCACAUCCACAACAACCGCAUCAACCGAACCUGAAACAUCAUACACAUCCACAACAACCCCAUCAACCAAAAUAUCAUCCACAACAACCCCAUCAACCAAAAUAUCAUCCACAACAACCCCAUCAACCGAAACUGAAUCAUCAUCCACAACAUCCCCAUCAACCGAAACUGAAUCAUCAUCCACAACAUCCCCAUCAACCGAAACGUCAUCCACAUCCACAACAACCGCAUCAACCGAACCUGAAACAUCAUACACAACCACAUCCACAACAACCCCAUCAACCAAAAUAUCAUCCACAUCCACAACAACCCCAUCAACCAAAAUAUCAUCCACAUCCACAACAACCCCAUCAACCGAAACUGAAUCAUCAUCCACAACAUCCCCAUCAACCGAAACUGAAUUAUCAUCCACAACAUCCCCAUCAACCGAAAUUGAAACGUCAUCCAAAACAACCGCAUCAACCAAACCUGAAACGUCAUACACAACCACAUACUUGACAUCCCCAUCAACCGAAACUGAAACAUCAUCCACAUCCACAACAUUUGAAACAUCAUCCACAAUUACAACAUCCAGAUCAACCACACCUGAAACAUCAUCCACAGCCACAACAUUCCCAUCGACCGAAACAUCAUUCACAACUACAACAUCCCUAUCAACCGAAACUGAAACAUCAUCCACAACCUCAACAUCUCCAUUAACCAAACCUGAAACAUCAUCCACAUCCACAACAACCCCAUCAACCGAACCAUCAUACACAACCACAUACAUGAUAUCCCCAUCAAUCGAAACGGAAACAUCAUCCAUAACUACAACAUCUGCAGUAUCAAAACGUGAAACAUCAGUGAACGUCAUAUCUGAAACAUUUACAACAGAUGGAACCACAACCACUAUCUCAGUAGAAAAACGGUCAACAGCCUCCCUUCAAACAUUUAAAACCACAACUGAGACAUCAAUAACUACACUUGAAACUCCAGUUUCUACACCAAGUGACUCUUCAGCUAUUACUGUACCUGCAGCGCUGUCUACAGUUACAUCAGGAAGGAUAUCUACAGCCCCACCAACAGAAUCACCAUUAGAAACAUCCAAAGCUACAUUUGAGACAUCAAUAUCAACCAUUCCAGUAACUACAGAGAUAACCCCCACCGGAAUAUCAGCUACAAUAGAAAGUCGAACAGCAACAACCUCACCUGGAAAUGUAUUGACAACUAAAAUCACAUCCUCAAUAUCUGCUUCAACUACUGAGGGAAAAACAGAAAACCCAUCUUCCAUCACUCUGGAACCUCCAGCUACAAAAACACGUGUUACAUCAACAUUUACAGCCUCUUCAGAGAGGCUGAGUAUAUCAACAUCGAGUACCCUCCCAGAAAUCACAACUCAGAAUUUGACAUCUACUUUAACAUCUACCUUUUCUGCAACAACUACUUCAAAUCACAACAUAACUCGGACGACAACAACAAAAAAAACUACAAAACCUGACAGUGUGACGGACAAAGUUGACUCAACCAAACCUAAAUCUUCAACGACCACACCUGUGCCAAUCCCACCUCCACCCACAUCAACUAAUGACAUCUUUAUGACCAUUACUUUGAUUAUCCUAUUAUUGAUUUUGGUUGCUAUAACUUUAUUAAUUUUUAUCUUUGAUCAAAAUCCUUGCAGAGAGAGCUAUAAUUUAUAAUAUCUUGGACACAAAAUGUAUUUUUGACUGAAAGGACCUCACUUAGUAGACAAUUGCAACCUCGAGAGGGAGAGUAAGAAAUCUAUCCCGUGUUGAUGUCACCUGAAGAGAUUUAGUGCCUUUGAUCGGGGUAUGAUAGUAGGUGCCAGGCACAUCGGUUUGAGUCAAGAACUGCAACGCUGCUGGGUUU